AGCUGUGUGGUUGGUGGGUGAGAUGAAAACCUAUUCGCCGAAGCGCACGCGUUCAGUCCUCUCCUGGAGUUCAUGUAAAUACAAACGAUCGAUGAGGAAUAAAUCGCGAACACUGCACGCAACUUCCACUAGGAUCCGUUUACUUGGAAACUAGAUGGAACCCAGUUCGCACAGCGCUACGAUGAAGGGUGAAGGUGAUGUAAAUACUGCGAGAACAGAUGAGGGCGAUACAUCGGGUGAGAAGCUCUUGGAUUUCAACAGCACAGAGGAGCAGCCCACAGCCCGGGGGAGCAUGUGGCAAAAUGAGAAAUAUGAAACUGUCCCUUUGGAUGUGAAGGGGUUUGACGAAGAUCAUUCUAAAGGCCACAGGGACUCGGAAUACCCUCAGCACGAAUCCUCAAACACUCAGAAGACAGAUGAGGCACCCCGGCACUCAAACCAGUGGCCGUAUUUCCAGGAUGGCAAGAGGCGCAUCGAUUACGUCCUCACCUACCAUGUCCAGAAGCCUGAGAGCACUCACAAGCAGUCCUCCCACUCCUGCAUGAGGAGCUUCUGUUGCAGGUGCAAAAAGGCCAAAGCAUCCGCUCAAGAGGACCCUGAACUCGCAGCCCAGGAGGAGAGACUUGACUACCAUGAUGAUGACCAGCGCCUCCGCAGGGAGGAGUUUGAGGAAAACCUGCACUUGAUGGGCCUUCAGAUGGAGAAAGAUGAAGGGAACAAAAUCCCAGGCGUGGGGUUCCUGAAGAUCCACGCACCUUGGGAGGUUCUCUGUCGUGAGGCUGAAUUUAUGAAGCUCAAAAUGCCAACAGUAAAGAAAUAUGAAGUACGUAUGGGAAACGACAUCGUAGAGAAGAUCCACAAGUUUAUGCAAAAAGUCACGACACCCUUACGACCUAAAGUCGGGAUCAAUGGGACAGAAAAUGAGAAACACCUCUCGUACCCGUUCUCACGAGAAAAACAACACCUCUUUGAUUUAUCAGACAGGAAUUCCUUCUUCGACAGCAAAACCAGGAACUCAAUAGUAUACGAGAUUUUAAAACGGACAAAGUGCACACGGGCCAAAUAUAUCAUGGGAAUCAGCAGUCUGCUGGGCAGUGGUAUCUACACAGCGGCAUACCCCUUACACGAUGGAGAUAUUGAUGAUCCUCAGGCUGAAUCAAAUGACAGAAAGCUCUUGUAUGAGGAGUGGGCGAGUUACAGCAUAUUCUACAAGUACCAGCCCAUUGGACUGGUCAGGAAAUAUUUUGGUGAGAAAGUGGGCCUGUACUUCGCCUGGUUGGGUGUGUACACGCAGAUGCUAAUCCCAGCAGCAAUCGUGGGGGUUAUUGUGUUCUUAUAUGGCUGUGCCACAGUGGAUGACAACAUCCCAAGCAUGGAGAUUUGCGACGCAAAAAACAACAUAACCAUGUGCCCCAUGUGUGACCGAGUGUGCGGAUACUGGAAACUGACCACUGCCUGCGGCACGGCCCGGGCCAGCCACCUGUUCGACAACGCUGCCACGGUCUUCUUCUCCAUCUUUAUGGCACUGUGGGCCACUAUGUUCAUGGAACACUGGAAGAGAAGACAGAUGAGACUGAAUUACGUCUGGGAUCUGACCGGCUUUGAAGACAGCGGGGGCAAGCAAAAGAGUCACCCGAGAGCUGAGUAUGAGUUCCGAGUGAUGAAGAAAAGCAUGAGGAAGGAGCCAGCCCAAAAGGCAGGAAAAGAUAAACUGACGUGCAGAGACAGAAUGCCAGCUUAUAUGACAAUUGUCAUCAUGAUGUGUUUUUUGAUCUUCGUUACAUUGGCCAUCGUGUUUGGCGUGGUGCUGUAUAGGAUCUCCAUUCAGACGGCACUGCUUAUGAGCUCCACCCCCUCAUUCAGGACUAACAUAAGAGCCACCGUCAAAACCACUGCAGCUGUUAUCAACCUCAUCAUCAUCAUCAUUAUGGACGAGAUCUACGGAGCAAUCGCGCGCUGGCUCACUGUUCUUGAGGUGCCAAAAACGGACAAAAGUUUUGAAGAAAGGCUGAUUUUCAAGACGUUCGUCUUGAAGUUUGCCAACGCAUUCACCCCUAUUGUGUACCUGGCGUUUUUCAGAGGCAGGCUGAUCGGACGUCCAGGAAAAUACAUUUAUGUUCUGGGGUCGUACCGAAUGGAAGAGUGCGCCCAUGCCGGCUGUCUGAUGGAGUUGUGUAUACAGCUUUGUAUAACCAUGCUUGGAAAACAACUCAUACAGAACAACCUGUUUGAGAUUGGCCUUCCUAAACUGAAGAAACUUCUCAGACGACGCAAGAUGGACAAGAAGCAGCAGGAAGAGCUAAACAAAACACUUCAGCGCCAUGAGAAGGACCACUUCCUAGGGCCCUUUGUCGGACUCACUCCAGAGUAUAUGGAAAUGAUCAUCCAGUUUGGGAUGGUGACCUUGUUUGUGGCCUCUUUUCCACUGGCCCCGCUUUUUGCUCUUCUGAAUAACAUCAUUGAGAUCCGUCUUGAUGCCAAAAAGUUUGUCACAGAGUUGAGAAGACCUAUCGCUGUCAGAGCCAAAGACAUCGGAAUCUGGUACAAUCUUCUCAGAGGAUUGAGUAAAGUGGCCGUCAUUGUUAAUGCGUUCGUAAUCGCUUUCACGUCUGACUUCAUUCCACGACUGGUCUAUCAGUACAUGUAUAGUCUAGACGGGACUCUGCAUGGCUUUGUCGACUUCACCCUCUCACAGUUUAACGUCAGUCACUUCCAGCCAGGCACAGAACCCAUUAAUCCCAUGCACUUGGGCUACAAAGUGGAAUUUUGCAGAUAUAAAGACUUCAGGGACCCUCCAGGCUCUGACACACCAUAUGAUUUCUCAAGACAAUUCUGGGCCAUUUUGGCUGCCCGGCUAGCAUUCGUCAUUAUCUUUCAGAAUGUAGUAAUGCUGAUGAGUGACUUUGUGGACUGGCUGAUCCCAGACAUUCCCAAGGACAUUAGCACUCAGAUACACAAGGAGAGGAACCUCAUAGUCGAGUUGUUCAUGAAGGAGGAACAGGGCAAGAAGUUUAGGAAUACUCUCAGUGAUCCGAGCCCUCAGCAGCUUCGCUCGCGUCCCAGUUCACAAGCAUAGCAAUUUAUCAUUGAGAAUAACAGGAAUAAUGUCCAGCCCAGAGCCUGUUUUAGACUCCGCCCAGCUCUGGUGACCCGCCUAAAUGCCUGGCAACAUGAAAAGGCUGUAGAGGACUUACGGCAGGACCGCUUGUCAUCCUAUAGGAAGGCACUGUAUUUAUGAAUGGCACAACUGAAAGCAGUCAAACACGAAAAAUUAUAUUUUCUUUUCCUUUGUCUGUUACUGAAUUAAACACAGGUUUUUUUUUCAAUUAGUGAUAUGAAGUUCUACAGGUAUGGUGAUAUGGUGCGUGAGCUCAUGGGUCUGUAUUGUUUUCUGGUUGAACUGAUGAAUAUCACAAUUAGUUUUUGUGUAUCAUUGUUGCUUUGGCUAAUGAGCUUUUUAUUUCAAAUACAAUGCUUUUAUGAUUCAUUUUACCAAGAAUAGAUGAUAUAAUAAAAACUGUGUGUUUUCUUUUUUAAUUGAUAUGAUAGAAUCAUAGCUCCGACUUUAAACUGCGUUUUUUUAUUUAUCAUAUUAGACAUUUAAUUCAGGUUAGUUCUAGUCAAGUUAUUAGUCAACUACAGCGAUUAAACCUUUGUCAGGGUACAAAAAGUAGUCAUGCAUAAUAGAUCAUAAUAAUAACUUGUUUUCUAUAUAAAAAACUGUUAAAUUGCAAAUAUGAAAUAACUUGAAAGCAAAUACAAUUGUCACCUUUAGUAGUUUAGUUUAUUGGUGUUUUCUACUGAGGGAUACAGACUCGUUUAUGGGAUCAUAGGAAAUGAUCUUUAGAUUUAAGGUCCAAAAAUGCUGAAACCGGUACAGUACAUAUUAUCCUAAGUUUGAGAGGCCUUAUUAUUGAUGGAAAUAUCCUCAUGCAUUUAUUUUAAAUGCAUUUAUUAGAACAGUGUCAUAUUAUCAUAUUGUGUCUGGAUUUUAGCCUCCUGUCUGAAUGUUCCUAUCCUGACAUCCAACAAGCCAUGAUGAUACGACAACAAAAAUGUUAUAUUGGUAAAUUAUGUUGCAUGUGUCUUUCAUUAAAAAGAAAUAAUCAGUUUCUAAAAGCUUGCGAAAAAGGAUAAUGUUUCUUAUCCAGAGCAAAUAUACGGUAUGUCUUGAAACGUAAUUCAUAUUUUAUACAUUUGCUUGGCCAGACAACAUUUGUAGUUUUUUUUUGUAUUUUUAUUAAUCAAGAAAAAUGUUAUUAUACAAACCUACUACCGUUCUUCCUUGAUUCAUUGUGUAUCAAAUAUGUUUUUGCUUUAUCUAUAUGAAUACUGAUACAGUGUAAUCCCAUUUUAGGACUGUUACAGCGCGUACUGUUUUCACACCCUGUGAUGUCAUCAUCGAGUUUUAAUGUUUCAACAGGGGAUUAUUUUCUGCUUUGUAUUUAAGUUUUUUUAAUAAAUAUGUUAUAUAUUCCA